UUCUAACCGCACUAAUUAUACGAAUAUGAAGCAAUUCAUUGAGACAGUAAAACGAUUUCCUAUACUGUGGAAUACUGAGUCGAAGAGCUAUCACAACUUGAAUAAAAAGGAUGUUGCAUGGAAUAGGAUAGUGGAGGAAAUGAAUAAUCCCGAUAUACCAGAUGUGAAAACUGCGAAGAAUGAGUGGAAGAAAAUACGUGAUAGUCAUAGAGAGUCACUGAAAAGGAUAAAAGCUGGCCAAGGUGGCCAAAGUGGCCAAGGUACUCUUACAAAAAAUAACUGGAAAUAUGCAGAGCACCUCGAAUUUCUAUUACCCUACAUGAAAAGCCGCAAAAGACCUGGUAAAGUAUCGGUUAAUAAUAAAAUUAUUUCAUCCAGUAUCGCACUUGGAAGUCAAAAUACUUCGCCCGAAAUAACCGAAACUCAAAGUACCGAGAUUUUAGACGAAACUCAACAUUAUGGACGCGACGAAAGAAGUCAAAAUGGGGACAGUAUCUCGACUUCAAAACAAGAAAGGCAAGAAAAGAGGAAAGUUGGUGAUGACUCGUCGUUACGAGACUUACUUAAGGAAGUUGAUGCAGAUUUUAUAAAAUGGUGUGAGCAAAGGGACAAACGGAGAGCUGAGGAGGCAGAAAAGGUACAUACACGACGACCCCGGCUACCACUUACUGAUGUAAGUAACUAGUCGUUACUAGGCUUAAUAGUAACCCUGACACCAGGGUUGAUGGGGUUGGUAAUCCACCUCACAACCCACACGAUAGAAGAAGAUUGUACCUCAGAAAUUUCCUAGGCCUCGCCAAUUUCUCACCAAGAGGGUAUAUGACUGUGUGUGUGUUAGGAUAGAAGCAAAUGGAAU